AUUCCUAGAAUUUCGGCUGCGUAAUAAUCCAAUCCGGAUUUUAUAGUUGUCUUCCUGGAUCUUUCACUAUAAAGGCGUCCUGCUGAAACAUUUAUGUUUAAACACGUUUUUUUCACACUCCAUGUACAUCUGGAUAUAUUAUAGCCAGGUUUACAUUUCAGCCAUUAACAAGUUCAACUACUGCCUAUAUUAUAAUUGUCGCUAGUCAGAUGACAAAUUGACCUAUUGUGGAACGAGUGUUUGAAUGCCUUUGGUCAGCUCAGCUCUGACUUGACCAGGGCUUAACUGUGUAACUGAAAUCGAGACAUCGACGGCUAUAAAUACUGUCGGGUGCCAACUUAUUAGUCUGUUCCCUGCUCAGAUCACUCUCAAAUAUCAUUUCUUUUCCUGGUUUGUGAACCAGACUCGUUAGGCUUGGAUCCAGGGUUCGAUUCCUACACCUCCUCAUAAAUGGCUAUUGCAAAAGUGAUAGUUGAUAAAGGUGCAGAUGGUGUUGCAGUUGUCACAGUCGAUUAUCCUCCAGUUAAUGCUAUAGGCAAUGAAGUUCAGAAUGGCUUGUACAGGACUUUCACUAAGCUUCAUACGGAUCGAGAAGUUAAAGCUAUUGUGCUCAGAGGAGCAAAUGGAAAGUUUUGUGGCGGAGGAGAUAUUCGGGGAUUUCAAAAGCUACAAGAUACAGGAUCUACUGGUGAAACAUUACUUGUACCUGGAUUUACUCUUGUCAAUGAUAUCAUUGAAGGAGGACCAAAGCCUGUAGUUGCUGCAAUUGAAGGUUUUGCGCUUGGUGGUGGCUUGGAGUUGGCAAUGGCUUGUAAUGCACGCAUCACUGUGCCUAAAGUUCAACUUGGCCUUGUCGAACUUCAACUUGGUAUCAUCCCUGGGCUUGGGGGUACACAGCGAUUGCCUCGCUUGGUUGGACUUCAAAAGGCAAUUGACAUGCUACUGGCAUCUAAAACAUUGAAUUCUGAAGAUGCACAUAAAGUUGGACUCGUGGAUGGUAUUGUGGCUUAUGAAGAACUCCUUGAUGCAGCUCGGAAAUUGGCAUUAGAUAUUUAUGAAGGUCGGCGUCCUUGGCAUCGAUCUCUCCACAGAGAAGACAGGCUAGGAUCAAUACCAGAGGCAUUGAAUAUUUUGAGGAAUGCCAGAGCUAAAGCAAAGCAAAUGUAUGCUAAUGUUGCAUACCCCUUCACAUUGUUGGAUGUGAUGGAGGAUGGAAUAGUUAAUGGUUCUGUUCAAGGAGUUCAAAAGGAAGGGAAAGCAUGCCAAGAUUUGAUCAAAACUUUUGAGGCAAAGGCACUAAUGCAUGUUUUCUUUGCUCAACGCUCUUCUUCUAAGAUCCCAGGAAUUACAGAUCAAGGACUGAUCCCCCGCCCUAUUCGAAAGGCAGCUGUAAUUGGAGGUGCUCUUAUGGGGUCAGGAAUAGCAACUGCUUUGGCUUUGAGUAAUAUUACUGUUCUUGUCAAGGAGAUUGAUACAAAGCAAUUAGAUGCUGCAAUCCAGAGAAUACAUGGAAACUUGAAGAGUCGGGCUUCAAGUGGUAAAAUUACUGAGGAGAAAGCAAAGCAUGCUAUGACACUUGUAAAGGGUGUUCUAGACUAUAACGAGUUCUACAAUAUAGAUAUUGUAAUUGAGGCUGCGACUGAAAAUAUACCUUUGAAGCAAAAGAUAUUUUCUGAUUUGGAGCACAUAUGUCCCUCUCAUUGUAUCUUAGCAACAAAUACAUCAUCAAUUGACCUGGAGGUAGUUGGUGGAAAAAUUAAAUCUCAGGAUCGUUUAAUUGGUGCUCAUUUUUUCAGUCCUGCACAUAUCAUGCGACUGCUCGAAAUAGUUCGCAGUAAUCAGACAUCUUUGCAAGUCAUAGUAGACUUGCUUGGUCUUGGAAAAUCUUUGCAGAAGGUACCAGUAGUGGUGAAAAGUUCACCUGGAUUUGCUGUGAACCGUGUAUUUUUUCCCUAUGGAAUGGGUGCACAUUUUCUUGCUGAUCUCGGUGUAGAUCCUUACAGAAUUGAUUCAGUAAUUAAAUCCUUUGGAAUGCCCAUGGGUCCAUUCAGGAUGGCAGAUCUUGGUGGUCUUCAGACUGGCACACUAGUUAACAAAAUAUGGUUACAAACUUACCCUGAUCGUGUCUAUUUUCCACCACUAAUGACUUUACUCUAUAAUGACAAUCGUCUAGGAGAAAGUGCGGGGAAAGGAUACUAUAAUUACCAGGGCACAAGAAAGGAGAAGCCUGCACCAGAAUUAAAUAAGUAUCUUGAACAAUCCCGCAAACUUGCUGGGCUUUCACUCACUGAUAAGGUCACAAACAUCACAGACCAAGAAAUUGUGGAGAUGAUAUUUUUUCCAGUGAUUAAUGAGGCAUGCCGUGUUCUUGAAGAAAAAGUUGUAAUCAGCAGUUCAGAUCUUGACAUUGCUUCUGUCCUAGGAAUGGCCUUUCCAGCCUACAGAGGGGGCAUUGUCUUUUGGGCAGAUCAUAUUGGGGCAAAAUAUGUCUUUUCCAAAUUGCUGCAAUGGGCAAGCAUAUAUGGCAACUUCUACAAACCAUCCAAUGCAUUACAAAUGUGUUCCACGCGGAAUAUUAAGUUGGCACAAAUUCCGCUGGCUGGCGCAUCUAGAUUGUAAUCCUGGUUUUUUGAAAAGCUAAUGUUAUUCAGAGUUUCUCUGGACCGUAAAAGGAGGACUAAACAAAUUUCUUGUUCAUUUAUUAUAUUAUAAUUAUUUUAUUUAAGUUUUCUUGCAUGUGAAAGAAAAAAAUGAGUACAUUGCGGAAUCGGAUUCAGAACUGUAACUUUUAACAUUUUUCAUUCUUACAGGAAGCUCAUUGUAAGUUUAGCAUGUAUCCGGAAUUAGAUAAUAAUAUUGGAGGGUUUGUGUUUA